CUCUGCUUGGAUUGGUUUGAUUUCAAAAAAGUGCGCGCGUAGUGUUGGUGAUGAUGGCACGACGAUGGACUAAGCUUAGCUUAGGAAAGGAAGUCUGAUUUAAGCAAGAGAAGUUAAGCUUCAACUCUGCCACCCACGACAUAAAGAAGUGUUUAAAAUUUAUAAAUAUGACUGAAGUCAUUGGGGUGCAAAGAUCUGGUCUAAAUUAUAUUGUUGGGUUAUCAAAAUCGUUAUGGCAUAGGGUUUUUACAGAAUUUUUAAAAUUUAGGUUGAUUACCACCAAUAAACAAUGAAUAAUAAAAGCAAUAAGAGGAUAGGAGCAGAAACUCCAGUUGAAGAUACACUAGAAAAUUUGCAAAAACGUCUCACUGAGGCAGAAAAAGGAGCUACACUGUUGAAUAAGCAUUUGAAGAAAUAUGGUUACAAAGCCCAAGGUAGUGUCAAGGAAAAGGAGCUUGCACAAAAAGAGAGUGAUGUUGCAAAAGCUGCAAAAACAGGUAGAAAGAAAGCAAAAGAGAAGUUGCAACUCCAGAAAAGUUUUGAAGAGAUGACAACACGUGUUUGUAGAAUGGAAAAUGCUCUCCAGUCUCUUAAGGUUGGUAUGCAUGGGAUACAAGAUAAGGCAAGUGAGAGGAAAGGGCAGACUGUAGGUGAUGUGAUGGAUCAGGAAGGAGAGUACCAAAACGAAAUUAAAAAGUUGGAGGGGAAGUUAGAGGCUGCAAAUCAGGAAGCUGAGGCUUUGAGAAAAAGGGAUAAAGACAUUCAAAAAGAGCUGGAGCAUUUGAUUAACGAUAUGAAAGAUACACAAGAUAUUUUGGUUGAACGGGAUGGAAAGAUAGCUGACCUUGAAGGUUUGGUUGAGAAAGUCUCCAAUCAGAAAAAGGAGACAGAUGUACAACUAGAAAGAGAAAUAGCCCUAAGACAGAGCCUUGAGGAUGCCCAUGAAGCUUUGCUACAGCGAAUUCAUGAUAUGGAAACAAUUGUUGAUUCAGAGCGAGGACAAGUGACUGACUUAGUCAACAGUUGGGAUAAUGCCAAGAAAGAAGCUGUUGCUACCAAAGAAGCAUUUGCAAAUGAGCAUGAGUUGCGAGUUCAGUUGGAGGGUCUUCUCUCUCAGCAAGAAGAAGAUUUUGGUGCUGUUAAUGGUAAAUUUAAGCAGGUCUUGGAAGAAAAGAAGAUCUUGGAGAACGAUAUGUCACAAAUCAAACGGGAAGGAAAAAGUCUUAGACAGCAAAAUGAAGUACUUUCGAAAGAACGUGGGCAAUUGUUGAAAACAAACGAGUCACUGUCAAGAGAUUGUCAAAAACUACAGGAAGCCUUACGGAUUGCAGCCACUGACAAUAAAGCUUUGAUAUCACAGCACAAGGAUGUGCUGCAAAGAGAGAAAGAUCGUAUUAAUACCAAGGUGGCAAUGCAAGACAAAUUACUUGACAAUGCGAAGGAUGCGAUAAUGAAAGAACUCGAGCGAGAAAAAGCAGCUGUAAGAAACACUGAAAUGGAAAACGUUGAAUUGAAGGCUUCCUUAAAAAGCAAGGAUCUUAAUUUGGCCGAAAAAGUGCAACUGUUGGCUGCUGUUGAAAAGAAAUACAAAACCGAAUUAGAUCAAGUCAGGAGCCUUCUAGAAGCUUCAAGGAACGACAAAGAGAUUGCUUUGCAACAGAAAAACGAAAAAAUAUUGGAACUGCAAAGGCUGUUUGAUGAUUCAAAGAAGGAGAACAUGGAAUAUCAAUUUACAAUGAAAGAAAUGAAAACAGAAAUAGAACGGCUACAAAGGAGUCUUAAAAGCAAUAAAACAGAAUUAGAACACGCAAAAAACAGACUAAACACUGCAGACCAGAACAGUUUGUCGCAAAAGCAAAUUGAAGAAGCGUUUUCAGAAAUAAUGCAAGCUAAAAGCAAGUUAGCCUAUGAGAAUGGUUUGCUGCAAUCAAAAGUUGAGCAGUUGAACUUUGACUUGAAUGGAAACGCUGGGAUUAAGAGAGAUUAUGAGAUUCUGAAGGAGGAAAAACGUGUUUUGAGAAGUAAUUUUGAGAUUUUGUCAAAAGAAAUGCAGAAUUUAAAUGUACAAAGUGGAAAGAAAGACGCCGAGAUUAGAAGGUUGCAAGAAGUCAUCAAGAAAAAGGGUGCUGAUCUUGAAACUGCUGUCAGUACGAGAGAGAAAUCACUUAAGGAAGCAGAGAAUUUUCUUUCUCGCAAAGAUUCCACUAUUGAAAAGUAUUCUGAAAAGAUAAGCAAUCUUGAAAAUCAGUUGGAGCUUUGCAAUGCUGACAACAAGAAACUAGUCGAUUCGUUUGAAGCCAUGAUGCUCUCCCAUUCUAAGAUGCAAGCAAAUAUGGAAGAUUUGCAAAUUACUUUAGGAAAAAAAGACAGUGAGAUUCAGAACCUGGUGCAGGAAAGGAAUUCCACGCAAAAGACAAUAGCAGACUUGCAAACUGAAUUGGACAACCUGCAAAACAAGAUAACGUCUUUAGAGGACGUUGAUUCAGAUGAGCUGUCAAAUGCCAAAAGGGCGAAGAAAGCUGCUGAGGAUAAUUGCAAUGAACUGCUGCUUGUACAAAAGAAAUUGCAGCGACAGAAUGAUAUGUUAAAGGAUGAAGUAGAGAAGCUAAAAGCAGAUAUUAGAAGGAAAGUGAAACAGAUGGAAGAUGAUGCCUCUGAGAGAGAGGGGAAAGAACAAGACAUCAUGACUAAAAACUCUAAGGAAAAAGAAGAAAUUCAGUCUGAUUAUAGAAGACAUCUAGAAAAGUUGAAAAGUCAGCUAAGAAGCAAAGAGAGGGAACUAGCUUCUGCUGAUGAAGAAAUAUCAGCUAUGAAGAGGAGGCUUAAGAAGCAAAAAGAUGAUUUUCAACGACAAAGAAAAGAUCUAGAAAACUUAAAACUGAAAAAUCAAGAGCAAGUAGACGAAAUACAAAGCUUGGUAUCGCAAAUUGAUGAACUGCGAAAUGAUAUUCAAAGUGCUGUAUUUUUUCAAACACAAGCUGAUAUGUCAUCAAGACAAUACGAAAAUGCAAUAGAAAAAGAAAAAAUGAUCAGGAUGGAGGCAGAAUCAAGAUGUAUGACUCUCGAAACAAAAGAAAAGGAACUGCAUCGAAAGCUUGAAAAGGCUAGCUUGCAAAGCAUUAAGGCCUCCAAUGAACUAAAGCAAGCACAAAAAUGGUUUCAAAAGAAAGUAGAAGAGCUUGAAAUCGAACUUCAAACUGCACGACAGACACAAUAUCUACUAGAACAAACGACUUUGGAGCAAGAGAGACUUAUAGAAAGUAAAUCCGAGGAUGCAAAAAAGCUUGUCCAGGCAAGUCGUGUCGCAGUGAGCAAAGCAGCGGACCAAGUUGCUGAGAACUUAAACGAUACACGGGGUCUAAAACAGGUGCUCAAAACUGAGCGGAGUCUUGCAGACAGAGCUGCUCAGAAGUACCAGCGACUAAUGGAAUCCAGUGCGCGUAAAGUUGAAGAACUUGCAAAGGAACUAGACAGAGCCCACGAAAAAGCGCGAAAGGCCAGGAACGUUGGAAUGAUUACAGGAAAGACUUUUGGGGCAAAAGACUAGAUGUAGAAGGUCCUAAAGAAUCAAAGAGUUUGGUUACAAAAUACUGCAGAUAUCCGAAUUUAUAACUAUGCUUGAAGCGAAGGAAAAAGACAAAUGAUCUGUAAGUAAUUUUUUUCUGUCUGGCUGAAUUGUUAUGUAAUCAUUUGUUACGAUCUUUUUGAAGUAGCGGGUUUAGGUCGCAGAAUUGUAGAGAAAUUUGUUCACAAAAACUAGUUUACAGUUGUCAUCAGUUGCGAGGAUGUAUUGAAAACCUUUUGAAAAUUGAUGUUGUACCUUCAACGUUUCCAUAAACCAGGGAAAAUCUCAC